UCUUUCUCUUCUGCUCUUCUGCCCUUAACCUUUUCUUCCGUUCACUCCUCUUCUUAAUACAUCCAAUAUAUGUUACUCAUUCCUUUUCCUCUUCAAAUCAUAACCCACUCAUUACCCUUUAAACCACUCAUCUUUUUGUCACUCUUCUCUCAUGAACCCGCCGGACCUCUCCUUGCACAUCAGCCUCCCCUUCUUCGCCCCGCCCUCUCACAAUUCUGACUUCACCCAUCAAAAUGGUUGCUUCCACUUUGGAUAUCAACCAGCCCAUGUGGCUCGUCCUCGUCACCAAGCUUAUAAUCUCCUCCAUGGCCGACGCCGUGACUUUAAACCAACUGUUGGUGGGUGUGGAGUGAGAAGAAGCAUCCGAGCUCCUAGAAUGAGAUGGACUACGACGCUACAUGCUCAUUUUGUACACGCUGUUCAGCUUCUUGGCGGCCAUGAAAGAGCUACACCAAAAUCAGUAUUGGAGCUUAUGAAUGUCAAGGAUCUAACCCUAGCUCAUGUCAAAAGCCAUUUGCAGAUGUUCCGAACAGUGAAGAACAGUGUGAAGAAGGGAACAGACGAUUAUGGAAGGCCUGAGAUUGAAGCAGAUGGGGUUUUAUCUUCUUCUUCUUCUUCUCCUUCUUCUUCUUCUUCUUCUUCUUCAUCUCUUCAAAAAUCUAACUUUCACACAGUCAAACCAGGCAAUAGUUGCGAGAGAACCACCUCAAACGGUGACGUUUUGCAAAGGAUUAAUUUAGAGUUCACUCUUGGAAGACCAUGGGGAUGCAAAUAAUAAUAAAAAGUUAAAAUAAAAUCUUAUUAUUUAUUAUUGUAUUAAGAAAAUAUCAACAGAAAUGAAUGUGAGGAAUGAAGAUGCUCCUACAUGCCCAUUUCUUGCCCAUCUUGACCCUUCAGGUGCUCAUCGCCUUCACUCCCGCACUCUUGCAGCACAAUGGCUAGCAAUGGCUCUACACACUGGCUAUAACCAUGCCUUCUUAACCCAUGAGUCUGCCCUCAAAUUUUCACUACUUCUAGUUACUGAAUUUAUUUCGUUAUUAAGUAACUAAAUUUCCUCGAUCUCGUGCUAUCGUUACGGUCAUGCUCGCUAUAAAUUUUAACAUUCAAGUGGUUGUCGUGUUUCUUAAAAGGUUAAGUAUCUGUAAAUUACUUUAUACUGAGUUAUUUGACUCUCCAGCAUGGAUGAAUUGGUUUACCAUACUAA